AUGACUCACCCCACAGAUGUGGCCUUCGGACCCGGCUGGCACAUGUGCUCGGAGUUCGGCCAGGCGGUCGGCCGUUUGGCCCACUCCAGCGCGCCCCCACCGACGCGGGGCCCCCGGACUGAGCAGGCCAGCGUGGCCGGCGGCGGUGCCAGGUCUGACAGUGCCCCCAGCGUCGGUGACUGCUGCAGGUGGCUGACGCAGGUGACCAGGUGGCUGACGCAGGUGACGGACGCGAGCUGCGACGCCAGCGCGGAGUACUCCAGCGGGGAGUCGGGCGGCGAGCUGGACUCUUCCGAGUCGGAGGUGUUCGACUGCAGCGUGGUCACGUGCCGGGAGGUGGCGCCGGCCGCCGCCGGCCGGGAGAGCGCACCACCCCAGGCUGCUCUCCACAGCAAGCGGCGGUCGUCUAACGACCAGUCCGUGACCCCGCUGAACCUGACGCCGCCCCAGGCGACCCGAGACCCGGCGCCCGCCGGCGACACACCCACCCCCACCUCCAGUUCUGGAGGCUCGACAAUACUGACCUGCUCCGCCCAGCACCGGGAACCGACCAAUAGUAACGCACCGGGUGCCGCGGCGUGGGCGGGGCGUCACCGCCCUCAUACGCGCCGACCAAUCACGACGCCGAGUUCGGGAAGCGAGGGCGGAGCUCCAGGGUCACCGACCCGCCGUCGCAGGCGCGUUCCCCGUUCGGCGCCGGUGGCGGCGGAAGCUGGCCAAUGGCGGGAAGGACCCGACGGCGCCGCAUCCGGUCAAGCCGGUCACCUGACAUCACAGCUGUCCGGCGCCACCGACACCACACUUGAGGACCUCUCUACCGGUGACGUCACCGAGGAUACCUGUGACGUCAUCAGCUCUGUGUCCGAACAGGCGUGGGACCCGUACCAGGAGUACAAGGAGAUCAGCGAGCCGGGCUCGGAGGCGGCGCUGGACCCGGCCGCCCUGCUGCGUUUUCUCGACUGCGACGACUACCGAAACUUCCUCGACUCUGUCUCGGACUGCACCUCGUCCCAAGUCAGCGGCACGCCGGCCGCGCGCCGGCCGCCGCCGCGCCGCCUCCGCAGACAGCUGCGCACCGCCAGUGACUCGGGCGACAGCGACACGGACUCGGACGAGCUAGCGGCGGCGCUGGCCGAGUCGCGGCGCCGCCUGCUGCUGGCCCAGAGCGAGCUCGGCCGCCGCGCCGCCCAGCACGACCCCAUCUGCGUGAGUGAAGAACGCCGCCUGCCGGGUCAGCAACGCGGGUUGAGAGUAUGUUUGCGAAGACUAAUUGCUUCAGAGUCGCUGGGCGAAUGGCGAUGCCGCAAUGCUAUCCAUCGUUUGAUCGUGGCAAUAUUGUUGUACGCAUCGUCAGUUUUUUAAAGCACGCAUGGAAAAGCACAAGCGUGGUCAAUUCCCUGGCCACUACAUUUACUUGUUCCCCACAUGAGUCAUGUCGUGUCUCUAUUACCGCGACGUUGGUUCGUCAACCCCGCAUCGUAUACCCUGGCGUACGUUAUGAGAUAUUCCGGUUUGAAUGAAUGCUGCCAGAUGUCAGUAGGCUCGCGCCAGCUGUGGACUUUCCCGUCACACUUGAGUAACGUGGCGUAGCGGCCGCGGCCGCGGCCCGCCGGCCGUGCUGCUCUGCACCAGUGCGGUCCCAAGGCCACCGACUGCGCGUGCCGU